UUCAUUUGCAACGCAUUGUCAAUCUUUACACCGUAUGGUCCCAAACGCUACACCAAUUUGCCCACAACUAUGGCCGGCAAAGUGGUCGUCAUUACAGGUGCCAACUCCGGGAUCGGCAAAGUUAACGCAACCCUAUUUGCUAAACUGGGAGCUAAAGUAGUGAUGGGCUGUCGCGAUAUGGCUAAGGCCUACAUAGCGGCCAUGGAUAUCCGUACAGAGGCCGGAGCCGAUAUGGCCAAAGUGCUAGUCAUGAAACUGGACUUAUCAUCGCUGGUAUCGGUCCGUGAGUUUGCCAAAGCCCUGUCCGAUGUGGUCGACCACAUCGAUAUACUAGUAAACAACGCGGCCGUUAUGUUUUGCCCUAAUUGGCGCACUGACGAGGGCUUUGAAAUGCAGUUUGGCAUUAAUCAUCUUGGUCACUUUCUACUAACCCACCUGGUAAUGGACAAACUGAUGGCCGCUCCGGACGGCGCGCGUAUAAUAAACGUCUCAUCCAUGGCUCACAUGAUUGGCGAAAUCAACUUUGAGGACAUCAACUCCGACCAAUCGUACGGCAAAUACCGGGCCUACUUUCAGAGCAAACUGGCCAACGUGCUAUUCACCCGGGAGUUGGCCCAACGGCUAAAGGGCACAGGGGUCCGAGCCUACUGCCUACACCCGGGAAAUAUGCGUAGCGACCUUUACAAACACCUAUAUGGUUUCUGGGGUCUCAUAGCGUGCUUUAUGGGGCCGUUUUGUUUCAUGUCGGCCGAAAUGGGCGCUCAGACCACCCAUUUCUGCGCACUGGACGUAUCGGUGGCCGAUGACUCUGGCUAUUAUUAC